CCGGGGGAUUGCGGCGACCCGGCUCCCUUCUUCUCCCGGCCCCGCAACACCAUAGGCGGCUCCGGCGCCAAGAUGUCCAACCGAGUGCUCUGCCGGGAGGCCAGCCACGCCGGAAGCUGGUACACGGCCUCAGGACCUCAGCUGAGUGCUCAACUAGAAGGUUGGCUUUCCCAAGUACAGUCUACAAAAAGACCUGCUAGAGCCAUUAUUGCACCACAUGCAGGUUAUACUUACUGUGGGUCUUGUGCAGCUCAUGCUUAUAAACAAGUGGAUCCUUCAAUCACACGGCGAAUCUUCAUCCUUGGGCCUUCCCAUCAUGUGCCCCUCUCCCGAUGUGCACUUUCCAGUGUGGAUAUAUAUAGAACACCCCUAUAUGAUCUUCGAAUUGAUCAAAAGGUUUAUGCAGAACUGUGGAAAACUGGAAUGUUUGAACGCAUGUCUCUGCAAACAGACGAAGAUGAACACAGUAUUGAAAUGCAUUUGCCUUAUACUGCUAAAGCCAUGGAAAGCCAUAAGGAUGAGUUUACCAUUGUUCCUGUGUUGGUUGGAGCACUAAGUGAGACAAAAGAACAGGAAUUUGGAAAACUCUUCAGCAAAUAUUUAGCAGAUCCUUGUAAUCUCUUUGUGGUUUCAUCUGACUUCUGCCAUUGGGGCCAGAGGUUCAGAUACAGUUACUAUGAUGAGUCUCAAGGAGAGAUCUAUAGAUCUAUUGAACACCUAGAUAAAAUGGGUAUGAGUAUUAUAGAGCAGCUUGACCCUGUGUCCUUUAGCAAUUACUUGAAGAAAUACCAUAAUACGAUAUGUGGAAGACAUCCAAUUGGGGUUUUACUAAAUGCCAUCACGGAACUCCAAAAGAAUGGCAUGAACAUGAGUUUCUCAUUCUUGAAUUACGCUCAGUCAAGCCAGUGUCGGAACUGGCAAGACAGCUCAGUGAGUUACGCAGCAGGAGCACUGAUGGUCCACUGAACCUCUGGCCUCUCAGGGAUGACACCUGCACACUCAAUGGGGUCCCAGCCUUGCCCUUACAAAGAUGCAGUUCCUGGUCUUUGGGUAUACUGAAACCUCAAACUAAUAGAACUCUUCUUUUUUCUAGUAGGUGUAGUCCUUCCUUAGUUACAACUCAUUUUAAAAUGCUUUCUUGUUUAGGACAAGGGGAAGGAAGGCUGGUGUCAAAAUGUUGUGACUUCUAAAAACCAAUGGCUAUAAAGGUAUGGUGGCAGACGGUCCUUGCAGAUACAACAUGUAAAGCAUUUACCACAUCCCCAGAUUUGCACUCUGCAGACCUGAGCACAUGUACUCCGCUUUCAGAAUAGUUUUGCAAGUUAUAAACAAAAAAAGGUUGGAAGCUUUUUAAUAAAAGAUGCAUUUAUAAAAGAUCCUGUAUUAGAAUAUAAUAAAACUCCCAGUAUAGUCAAUUAUUACCCGUGUUGUACAACAAAUAUCUUCUAUUUUAGUUGCUAAUAAAGGGCUGCACAAACCAAA